CACUAUUCGUCGACGCACAGCCCCCUUUGCAACAAUUGGUCCAUGGGUUUACUUGUUUUCAGGCAAUAAGGUUUGCUUCGUCUUUGUAAAUGGACAGUAUUCCCUGUGUCCGUGUCUCUCAGUGUCACGCUCAGUACUUCAGGAAGUUUCUGGAGUCCAACGGAGUUCUCGACCUAAGUGUGCGUCUCCAGAGAGACUCGGAUGAGACAGUACUACUGCCUGUCGCAUCAUCCUGUCUCUCACAGCUUGACCUUCUGUCCCUGAGAGACUUAGUGUCUUCAGACAGCGUCUUUGAGAUAGUCUGGAUACAGUCUGGUCUGCAGUCGAAGAAAGAGAAGUCAAAGACAAGAUGCAGAAAACUUGAGACUGUCCUGCAGCAGUUGUUGGAGUCCCGUGGUGAAAGAUGGACUGACGAGCUGAGGAAAGAUCUUCCUCGCGGUUUCCAGAGACACGGAGACCUGGUUCUUCUGGGAGAUGCCAGUUUUUCUCUGGCACUGUGGGAGAAACUGGGAGAAGAUCUGUGGAGCUCUGUGGCAAUGGGUCUGGGAGCAAAGCGUUUGGCAAAAAUGAGCCGGGUGUCAACGGACGGAUUUCGUUCUCCUAUGGUGAAAAUGUUGGGAGAUGACAGCUGGGUCAGACAUGUGGAUAAUGGAAUCAGCUACGAGUUUGACGUCACUAAAUGCAUGUUUUCAGCUGGAAACAUCUCAGAGAAGCUGCGUGUAGCUGCGUUGAACUGCACUGGAGAAACCGUGGUGGAUUUAUACGCAGGUAUUGGAUACUUCACUCUUCCAUACCUGGUCCAUGCAGGAGCUGCUCAUGUUCACGCCUGUGAGUGGAAUCCAGCUGCUAUAGAGGCUCUACAGAAGAACCUGGAGACCAACCGGGUGUCCGAUCGCUGCACCAUCUACCCUGGAGACAACCGACAGCUGCAGCUGAGUGACAUUGCAGACCGCGUUAACCUAGGGUUGAUUCCCAGCUCCGAGGACGGUUGGCCGGUGGCCUGUCGUCUGCUGAAGAAGAAAAGCGGUGGAGUUUUACACAUUCAUCAAAAUAUUUCCUUGCCUUCAACCAACGCUCAAGCUGCGGAUGAUAUCGCAGAAUUCUGCAGUGAACCCUCACAGAGGUUUUGUGGGAAAAAAGCAGACAGACAGGCUUGGAGACUCUGGGCAGAGGACACAGCAAGACGCAUCGCUGUGAUUUUAAAGGAGAUUAACGGUGCAUCAUGGCAAACAAACAUCCGGCACAUAGAAAACGUAAAGUCAUACGCUCCUCACAUUCACCAUGUUGUUCUGGACCUGGAGUGUAGACCAGAACACAGACACACUGCAGAGGGUUUUCAGUCCGUAGACUGUAAAACUGUGGAUACAAAUUUAUGACACGACUGUUUUUUGACUGUAUACACAUUUCUGCUAUAUUAUUUUAAUAACAAUAUAAAACGUAUGCUACUUUUUUACACAAAUGUAUUCGCUACUCAUACAGAACAAAGGCCAAAAAGCACUGUGUUUUAACAGAGCAAAAUAUGUCAAAUGUAAUAAAUAAAAAAUGUAAAAACACCUUUCAUACCCUGUUUUUCUCCACUACCAACCAUGUCAUGUGUAUAUGUAAAUAUAUAAAUCAUGGGACUUGCUCUUCUGAUUCAGUUGCAGUAACAGAACCAUAUAAGGAAACGUUUUACGGUUGAGAAGUUCGUGUACAUCUGAAGAGGCUUUAAAGAGACUCACGUGGAUUAACAUUCUUUGUUUUUAUUCUCCUCACAUGUGAAUCUGUUUUUUUUCUUUUCCAAAAUACACAUGUAGUAUGUAAAAAUAAAUGUAUGU